AUGGAAAAGGUGAAAGAAAUUCGCAAUAAUUUUCCUGAUACUACUGAGGUAUCCUUGGAAAAUUGUGGGUUAAACUCUCUUGAUGAUAUUUUGAACGUUUUGGGGGAAUUAGCGAAUUUGAGGGUUCUAAGAUUAAGCAACAACAAGCUUACAAAGCUCCCGACAGACAUGAGUCGGCUGAGUAGAGUCGAGUACCUUGAUUUGACUGGAAAUCGUUUUGAACGUAUCGAUGAUAUUUUACCAGGGCUUUGCUCCUUACCAAUGCUUAAACAUUUGGAUAUUACUUUGGCUGAGGAAGGUGAGGACGAGCUUAUUAUCAAUUUGGCAAACCUGCUUACGUUCAAUGGUACACCCCUUACAGAUAUUACGGAUCAGCAAUAUGAUUACAACGAAGUGAGCAUGUCCCCAAUUAAAGGCAAUGAAUCAAAAGACUCUGUCCCACGUCCAGUGUUUAUUGAAGUUAAUGACUCCGACUUUGAAAACUCACGCAAACUGUUUGAGGCUACCCAGCUUUAUUUAGGACUUCGGGAGAGCUUUGUUCAUCUUUCUGCUGAUGUUGUGUCUGAGUUAAAGCAAAGGACAAAAACUGAAACUGAUCCAUUAAGAUUCCACAACGAAGUUACUAAUGCCAAUAGAAUCAUAUUCGAUAGAUGUUUUGAGUCCAUCAUAAAUCAAGUGUCCAAGAAUGACAAAAAGCUUGCAAGCAUUAUGACAAUUUUGAAGAAUUCAUACAGUGGACUAUUGGAAGACUCAUACAACUUUAUGGAUCAGUCUUUGCAAGAGUUCGGAAAACGAGUGAAAGCUCUUCAAAAGGAUUUGGAUGGUGCAGACCAAGAAAUCGGACAACUUCUGGAGGCCGCUGAAUCUUUGCAACAAACUGCGUCCGAGAGUGAAAACGCAAAGAGAAAGAUUCUGGUCGGAUGGGAAAAGGAAAGAGAACAGAUGGGAGAGGAAAUUGGGUUCCUUAAAAACGAACUUGAAAAAUAUAAGAACAGAUUGACUCAAUUCCAACUCAACAAACAAAAGAUUGCUACUCAGAUAUCUACCUCACCUUCAAAGAUUCUAAAAAGUGUUUCCCCAUCGAAUAAUUCGUUUAAGAUUUCUCAAUUAACCAUUAAUACGAACACUAAAUCACUUACUCUUCGUCAAUUAAAAGACAUAAUCGAGGAAAUUUACGCCUCCAAACAAAAGUUUGACGAAAAGUGCGCAGAAAACAAGUUACCAAGAGAAACAAUGGAACAAUAUUUGUAUACUUUCCUUAACCAAAAGUAUGGUCUUAAAAACUUGAUUUUGGAGUACGCAUCUUCAAUAAUUCAAGGAGUGAAAAGAUAUAGUCAUGAGGAUAAUGACGUUGCUGUAUUUGGCAAGAUUAUUAGAAAUGAGAUUGACGAAGAAUUCAGAUUUGUUCAAAAACAGCUCAAAGAAACAGUCGCUGAACUGCUAAAAGUGUUCCUAAGAGGAAAGUACUCUAAAAAGCUUGAUUCUGAAAUUUUAGCCAUGCACCAACAAAGAAUGAAUGGAGAGUUAAACGAGGAAGAAUGGGUCGAUAUUGUAAAAUACAUGUACAACAAAGAGGACUCACUCAACAUUAUCAUGAAGGUAACAGAAGCAGUUCAAGCCAUUCAAACAAAGAUGAACAGAGGAAACAGCAGAAUGUCAUCUCCCUCAAAAUCAAUGGCAAGUUCCAACAGGGUACCAUACAAAGUAUUCAUGAAGGUGUUGCUGACCUAUCAGCUCAGAGGUCAUGAACAAUUUUUGUAUAAGUUCGUUAAGAUUUUCAGACAAGUAGAUUCAGACAAGAAUGGAGUCUUGAGCGAGAGUGAAUUCAAACAACUCUUGGCAACUAUCAAUCCAAACAGAACCGAAACAGAAUACAAUCAAUGGUUGAGCUAUGUGGAUCCUUGGAACAACCAGCAAAUUACUUUCUCAGAGUGUGUGACAUUCUUGUCAGCAGAGCUGUUGAAAUUGGUUAAUGAAAAGACCUCUCAAGGUACCAACGAGUCUGAUGUUCCUUCUGAAGAACAAGAAGAGUACGACUUUGAUACCAAUGAAAACGAAGAAUUGUAA